CUUCUCCAGAGCAGAAGGAAGCAGGACACACACAGAUAGACAUCGCCUUUCCCACAUAAACCUGAUGCCCCCGACUUGGAACCUGAAGACCCAGCUGGAAUGGAUCAGAAGCUCAAAGCCCUACGUGCCCCGGGUCGAUCUGGCCGUGCCGGACUUGACGUCCCGACAGGAGCAGGAGUACCGGACGGCAGGGAAGGCCCCGCUGGCACGGGACAGCCCGACACAGCGGUGGAACACCACGGGCGCCGGCACAGCUGCGGACACUCUGCCAGGAAGCCACAGGCCAGGACCGUCGUCGUUGGCGUCUUCUUCCACCACUGCUGCCGCCUCUGCGGUCGCUGGAACGGGGACCACGACAACCACCUUCACGCAGCUUACCUUGCCCCUGCGACAUAGUCUGCAUGCAGAUGCACAGGAGAAGUCCAGGUCGAGCCCGAGCGUGAAUCAGGACGCCAACCCGAACUCCAACGGCAACGCCUUUGCCAACGCAAACACGUCUCACAGCGCCGCCGCCGCCGCCGCCACACCUCCCACGUCGAUCCGUGGCCAGAUACAAAUAACGCAGCUGAUGCAACGACGGUCGAACACCACUGGCAACACCGCAAACACGUUCAUCGAUCUCACCCAAGACGUCGUGCCGCCUGCACGAGCCGCAAAUCCUGCUCCAGCAGCUAGCACUCCCACUCUACCGCAGAAGAGGAAGCUAGAAGACACCGGAGUAGGCCAGGGCAGCAACUUUUCAAACAAACGGAGAACAGCAGAGGUUGAUGACACCGACGUCUUUUCCGACGACGAAGAGGUCGAGGCGAUAUUGGCCGAACGGGAGUCAAGCGAAGUUUCCAAAAAGACUUCCUUUUCAGCCAGCCACAUCCUUCUUUCGAAGGACAUUGGCGAAAGGUCCCCACUAGCAUCCAACCCAAAUACGCUUGAUGGCGAUCCAAACGAGCACAGAUUCACCAUGGAACAGCUCAUAGAGCUUUGCCAAAAACAAUCUCAGCUCAUCCACCAUCUGACUCAUUUUAAUGACUUCUUAGAGUCUGGAAUAAAAGUAGAGACAUCAACUUCGCUAUCUGAAGACUGCAAACGGCAGAAAAGAAGAAUAUUUAAUCCGAAACACCAAGAAUUGAGAGCAAAAUGCUCCCGUCUAGCUCAAAAGAUACCCAAAAUUAAUUUAUCAACCGCUGUUUCUAAUACACAGACCAUUUUAACUUACAGCGAUAACAGCAACACCAACGGCUCUUUUGUAAACACCGCCAACCACGCAGAUGUGGCAAGUCAGAACGAUCGCCUUUCAGAAGGAUUCUCGAAAAUUGCUUCUGAGAACGCUCAAAACAUUCACGACAUCCCCAUGGAUGAGUCCUUCAGCAUUUUGGAAGAUAAUGUAAGCACAGCUAGAGAAACGGAUAAGGAAAGGCAGAGGGAAAAAGAAGUAGAAUCUGAUGAGGAUGAUAACCACGACGAGGAUGAUGACGAUACAGAUAUUAUUAUUCAUAAUUCAGAUCCAAAGAUAACUAAAAGGCUAGAUACGAACUCGACCUUUCUCUCCUCACCAUCUUGUACAACCAACACCAACACCAGUAUUAGUCACAGUGUUCUGAACAGUAAUGAAAAGCACAAUGAUAUGAUUCCUCCUUCGGACGUUGACAGGCGUUCGAGACCUUCAAGAGUUUUGCAGCCUGUUCUCCCACCUCCGGUAUGGUCUACCCAAGAAGAUGACAUCGAGGAUUCUUUCAACUGUGAAAGUGAAGGAGAGCCAGAAACCAAGACUCAGAUUAGAAAGGAGAUGGGAAACUUUGUGGUCAGCGAUGAUGAUGGAGAUGUCUCUGUUGAUGACUCUUACAAAGAACCAGAGUGGAACUCAGAUAAUGAAAUUGAUGAAAUCGAAGAUGUUGAUAACUCAGACAUCGUACAAUUGCGAAACACAGAGAUAGAAAAUAUUGAUGAUCCUGAUGAACCACCAACCACCUCCAAGUCUGCGGUUUUGGAUGAUGAAAUAUGCAUAUGUGAUAGUGAUAUUGAGGACGAUAAGUUAGUUUUCAGUGAUGCAUUAGAUAAUUUACCAGACAAAGAGCCGAUUUGCUUAUCUGAUGGCUUAAAUGAAGCUGAAAAGAGCACAGAAAACGAAGGAUGGUCCAUCGCACACAGCACACACAAAGCGGAUGAACAUCAUGCACAGCUUGGGAUUCAUAUGAAUAAUGAGGAGCCAAAUGGCAUCAUUCAACCAGCAUUUACAAAUGAGCGUGAAAAUGAUGAGGCGUUGGAAGAUAACGACGAUGACGACGAUGACGAUGACAUAAUGAUUAUAAAUAACGGAACAGACUAUUUUACACAGCUCGAUAAAGAGCGUGGAAUCGACUUUGAGGAAAAAAAUGUGGAUGACGAUCUUGAUGAUGAUUUUCUGUGGGAUAUUAAUGAUGCAGAUUUGAUCAAAAAUCUGGAGGCACCUCCUUCGGCAACCGUUGAAAGUACAAUCUCAAAAGAAGAUGAAGAAGAGGAUGUGGAAGAACUUACAAAUCCAAACAAAGACGACUUCAGGGGAUACCAUGGGAAACAUGAAUGGACGGGAGAAAUAUAUAAAGCCUUGAAAAAUGUUUUCAAAUUGCAAUCUUUCCGAGAGAAUCAGCUGAACGCUAUCAACUCAACACUAGCAGGUGAUGAUGUUUUUGUUUUAAUGCCAACUGGUGGUGGUAAAUCCUUGUGCUAUCAACUACCUGCUAUUGUUAAGUCGGGCGUGACUUCUGGUGUUACUAUUGUUAUAUCUCCACUUAUAUCUUUGAUGGAAGAUCAGGUCUCGCAUCUGGAACAUAAGAACAUCAAGGCAUCAAUGCUGAACUCAAAGAUGUCCGCAGACGAGAGGAGACAUGUCUAUAAUCUGUUCAUCAACGGCUACAUUGAUCUGAUGUAUUUAUCUCCCGAAAUGAUUAGUCGGAGUGGCCAAUGCAGGAGAGCAAUAUCAAAACUUUACAGUGAUGGAAAGCUAGCUAGAAUUGUAAUCGAUGAAGCACAUUGUGUUUCUUCCUGGGGUCACGAUUUCAGGCCUGAUUAUAAAGAGUUAAAAUUUUUCAAGGAAGAUUAUCCGGAUAUUCCAAUGAUGGCAUUAACUGCAACAGCAAAUGAGAUUGUCAGGUCUGACAUCAUUCAGCAUCUUGGGUUGAAUGAACCCAAAUUCUAUAAACAAAGUUUUAAUAGAACCAACUUGUUUUAUGAGGUUCUAAGCAAGGAGAGAUCAGUAAUGGAAGAUAUUGUUUCAAUGAUAAAUAGCAAAUACUCGGGCCAGACGGGAAUUAUAUAUUGUCACUCUAAAAAUUCAUGUGAAGUUACCGCACAGAGACUUUGUGAAUUUGGCAUAGCUUGUCAAUUUUAUCAUGCCGGAAUGGAAACCAACGAUAGGACUCAAGUUCAAAAGGACUGGCAGGAAGGAAAGGUCAAAGUAAUUGCUGCAACUGUUGCGUUUGGUAUGGGCAUUGAUAAGGGGGAUGUGAGAUUUGUCAUUCAUCUGACUAUUCCUAGGAAUCUGGAAGGUUAUUACCAAGAAACAGGAAGAGCUGGAAGAGACGGCCAACACUCCGAUUGUAUCAUGUUCUAUAGUAUGAAAGAUGCCCGAACUUUGCAAGGAUUGAUCAAGAAAGAUCGUGAUUUGGAUGCUCAAAGCAAGGAGAAUCACACUCAUAAGCUGAAACAGGUCAUUCAAUAUUGCGAAAAUCAUAUAGACUGUCGAAGACAGCUGGUUCUACAAUACUUCAAUGAACGCUUCGAGAGAAAAGAGUGUUUGAAACAGUGUGACAAUUGCCAGGAGUUAGACAACGUCGAAGUGACUGUCAAAGAUAUGACAAAACUGGCCCACGCGUGUGUUAGUCUAGUGAAGGAAAUCUCUCAGAGAAAGGUGACUAUGCUCCUAUGUCAAGAUAUAAUCAAAGGCGCUAAGUAUGCUAAAAUUGUCAGUGGUGGAUACGAUAAAAGCAUUCAUCAUGGUGCUGGUAGGGAUCUGAGUAAAACCGAUGUUGAAAGAGUUUUCUUCCACCUAGUUUACAAUGAUUACAUCCAAGAAAAAUCACUCAUGACGGGUGGUCGUUUUUCUUCCAAUUAUGUGUAUCCUGGACAAAAGGCAAGGAGGCUUUUGGAUAACAAAGAAAAAAUCAUGAUGGAAUUUACUAACAAAAAAUCAGGAAAGGGUAGACUGGCAAAAAAUCCAGCUCCUUUGGCUCGUCAAUCAUCUUUCCGCCCCAGCUCCGAACUUUGGAGUGGGAACACAAGAAACUCUUUUGCUAACAAUAGUGAUAGAGAGCCGGGCAAAAACUUUACUGGAAAUGGCAUUAUGGCAGGUGUUUCCGCAAAGGGAAUUAACCUUGAUAUUCUGUCCUUGACAGAUCCGGCGAAAAAAAGUCACCUGAACGAAUGCUACCAGGAAUUGAGGAGAGAAAGAAAUUUGAUUUCUACCAGGCUCGGGCUCAAUAAGGAAGCCACUUUAGCAUCGGAUACGAUGUUAAAGGAUCUGUCACUUAAGCUACCCAAAAAUGUGGUAGUAUACAAGCAGUUAGAAGAUUUCAAACGGGACCAAGAAAAAUAUUUGCCUCAUUUUACUAAGAAGAUCAACCAGUUGAGAGAUAAAAGAAUGCUAUUGUUUGGAACCUUAAAUUUGACCUCUUCUGAAGCCUAUGAUUUCUACGAGAGUAAUGAGGUACUCGAUAUAACGGAGGACUCGGCAACCAUGUCAGGAUGCAGUACGACGACGUCAAGGUUUUUCCAAGGUGCCGAAACAGGCCGCAGAUCUGGCAGGUCUGCCGGCAGGGGCAGACGAGGAGGUAGAGGAAACAAUUUCAGGAAAAACGGAGGUUCCCAAGGCAAUCGGAAAAGUAAGAAAAGUGCUGGGAACGUGAAUGCCAACGCAACCGGGAGCGGAAGCAAACACUCCCAUGCCAUGGCAAUGAAGCUGUAAUUAUUAUCAGGAGAAUGUAUAGAUAAAUAGAUAUAGCUUAACUAAUAGACUGGGUA